ACAGCAACGGCAAGUGUGUUCGAUUCGUAUUCCGACAAAGCCGGGUCGUGCGCUAGGAUUGGGUGGUUGGAGCUCGUCUUGUGCGCUAUGAUUGGUUAGUAUCUCGGACUCCCAAGAAAUGCACCAAUCGGCAGAAUUGUUCGGAAUGUAGGCGGGCUCGAAGAAUAUUUAGAGAACACUCUCCAAGAUAAAGGACCCAGUUUAGGCUUGAUUUGUAUUGUUUCCAUGUGUUACCGAGCGUAGACUCGUCUUAACAUAGCUGGAAGGGUUGAGCUUGACAGUUGGGGUUUAUUGAAUUUAUUUAGGUAUUUUAAUUUUUUUUUGUGUUUAUUUUUCAUUUUUUUAAUUUGAGGAACUUUACCCCGGAAGAAAAAUCCCCUUAAAAAUAUCAUCCUCAGGUCUGUCCUUUUCUGACAAUUGACAACAAAUAUGGCGAACAGAAAAUUGACAGUGUUCAUAUUCGGAGGCUUCGUAACUGCGGUCGCAGCGGUUUUUUAUCCUAUAUUUUUUCAUCCUCUUAUUCACACAGAUGAUUACAAGCAAGUCCAGAAAGUUAACCGAGCUGGAAUCAAUCAAGCAGAUGUUCAGCCUGUAGGUGUGAAGAUUUGGUCGGAUCCAUUUAAACCGAAAUCGUGAUGUGACUGAUGCUGAAUGCGGACAGGAGAGGAGGUUCUUGAGCGUGUGUUUGGAUUUCAGGUGUUUGACACAGAUUUAAAACUCACAGACUGGGCCAACCAAACACUCCUCUCCUGAGUGAGUGUGUAAGAGAAAGAAACCUUAUGCCACUGUAUAGUAUGUUUUCCACUGUAAUGUUUCUGAUUCAGCUCUUAUACAGGGCUUGAUGAUUGGCCUUUAAACUGGAGCAGGGGAAACCAGCUGUACGGACUGUCAAUACUCUGAUACUUUAUCCUAUUUAAUAAAGUUUUUGAAAGUUGUU